ACUAGUAGCACUCUCUCUUUCUCUCCUAACUUCAUAUCAAUAAAUAAUCCCCAUCCAAACAAUCAUGGAACAACGAAUAGCCAUGGAUCACAAAACAAGCGUAUCUACAGCGCUUGUACGCAAGAGAACUGACAUGGAGUUAAUGCCUCCACCACCACCCCCGAAGCGAAUUAAACGACCGAAGAAAGUCAUCGACGAAGACAGCUACACAGAUGCAUUAUCCCAGAUCAUUGCCCGCGAUUUCUUCCCCGGCCUACUGGAAAGCGAAACCCAGCAGGAAUACUUGGAUGCAGUCGAGUCCAAAGAUGCGGCAUGGAUCUCAAGCGCAGGCCGACGUCUCCAUCAGGUUAUGACCCCAGGAAAUCGAAGAUCGAGGAGGGGAACAUCACUAGCACCAGGCGCGCAAACUCCAAAGGGUUUUGUUGGAGACACACCCGCAUCUGUAUCUUCCGAAUCAACUACUACUACGAUAUCGAAAGAGAAGGAUGAGGUCGAUACAAAUAUGAGCCUGGGCGCCUUCCAAUCGAAAUAUACGAGCGAGGACAACGAAAGUUUCUAUAAACUCCUGGACAAGCAGAACAUAAAGAAAGCCGAGAAGUAUGCGUGGUUGUGGACUGGGAAUAAGCUACCGUCCAAGAUGCAGUUGAAGCAAAGGCAGAUCGAAGCAAAACUAGAGGAAACGCGAAGCCUAACGGAUGACGGAUUCUCAAAAGACCGUUUGGCUAUCAAAGAUCGAGAAGAAAAACCCGCACAACCCGACACGUGGAAGUCGUUACCCAAUAAUUCGUUGAUGUUCAUUCCCGAGAGCGUGGAAGAUGCGAUGGAAACUAGAAUACAAAGAGCGGAGGCUGAAUCUCGGGCUGCCCCGAAGGCUGUGAACUACGCAAAUACUAGAUUACCAGGACCAAAGAUCAGUGAUGAAGAAUCAGUACCGUCUUCACCUUCACUAUCUGCUGUACGGGAUGCUAUUGCUGGUAAAAGAGGAACGAGCGAUUUGAACUCGACUACGGCAGGAGGAAGCGAAACACCCAGAGUCAAUGGAUAUGCCUUUGUCGACGACGAGGAACCGGAAUACGCAGCGCCACCAACACCAAGAAUCGAUCUUGGUCCUGGCGAUUCCACCCCCAACCCAUUCAUCAUCAAGGAGCAGAGCAAGAGAGAGGCUCUCCACCACCGCAUGGUUGAUAAGAUCUCGCAGUCGAAAAGGACAUCCCAAAAGAUGGGGCUGACAGGGAAAGUUGAUAAAACACCUGUUCCGAAGUUCCCAAGCAGCCCUCGUGUUGCAGGUGGUUUGACACCGGCAGCUCAGCGACUCUGGAGCAAGAUUGGAGGAAGUGGUGGAAAUACACCUCGAACUCCAUUCGGUGAAAGCACAGCGGCAAAAGGGAGAAGCUCUAAGUUGAAGCAAAUGCUGAAAUGAUACCAGGAUAUAUAUAUAUAUAUGAGAAAGAGAGAGGCUACGAUAGGAUAAUGAUACCCCCCAAUAGAGAAUGCAUGGAUAGAUUUCAUACAUACAAGUCAUAUAUAAGAAUGAUAUCAGAUUACUGAGAUUACUUUUGUUUCUUUUCCGUUUCAC